GAAGAUAAAGGAUAUGCGAGAUGCCAGCUCUAAAGGUUGCACAAGCUUUAAGCAGUUUUCUUGGUAUGGCAAACUAACAUGAAUUGCGAAGAUAAUGACAUAAGCCCCUGCACUAUGUUGGGAAGUGAAGGGCGGAUUUCAGCAUCAGAGUCAUUAUUUACAUACAGAACAAAUGAAACGCAUGAUACAAUGAAUGAAGAAGACUUUGUCCCAAUGUUCUUAGACAAUUUAGUAGCAGAAAAUAAAGGUACAGAGUUGUAUUCUAAUGCAGUUGAAACAUGUGGGGAGAACUCUCAGUGCUUGUUUGAUUCUCUGGCAACAAGAGAUACCAAUACAGGUGCCAAUACGCUUCAAACUGACGAAGUUAUUACAAAUGAUGUAGAGCAAUUAAUGAAUUUCCCACCCAAUAUAACCCACAUUGAAGACGAAAAUGAUUUCUUAAACGGAAGCUUCAUAUAUGCAACUGUCGGUGAGAAUUACACAUUUACUGUGGUUGCAACAGAUGAAAACGAUAAUGACAUCACGUUUUCUCUUCUGCAGCCCGUAGCUGGAGCAUCAAUUAAUUCAGCAUCCGGGGUCUUUACGUGGACACCACAAGAUACAUCUAUGAUUAGACUUGGCGUAGUUGCAAGUGAUGGUGUAGCAAAUUCUUCCAAAGAGUUCCUGACAUUGUUAUGUGAUUGUAAAAAUGGUGGUAUAUGUGAGUUUGGAACAAUGGAGGAUAAUUCGAAAAUUUUAGAUGAUAGCUUUGCUGUAAAUAUCUUGUAUGUAGACAUAAACGAAUGUCUUCAGGAAAAUGACUGCAGUCUGAAUGCCUUGUGCACAAACGUCCCAGGAAGCUACAACUGUACAUGUUCAACUGGGUUCAGCGGCGAUGGAAGAGAUUGUCAAGAUAUUGACGAAUGCAUUGAGAGUCCAUGUGAUAUUCUAGCAACUUGUGAUAAUGUUGAUGGCUCAUUUACAUGUACGUGUAUAAUUGGAUAUCAAGGCAGUGGUCUAGAAUGCACAGACAUCAACGAAUGUGAACAGAACACAUACAUCUGUCACGUUAAUGCAGAGUGUCGCAAUACUGCUGGAUCCUAUAAAUGCGUCUGUGUUAGUGGUUAUUCGGGCAAUGGAACAUUUUGCGAAAACGCAGACGAAUGUGAAUUAUUAACCCAUGAGUGUAGCGCUAGUGCCACAUGCGAAGAUACAAUGGGAAGUUACAUGUGUACUUGCGAAGACGGGUAUACAGGAACCGGAAGAUCUUGUAUUGAUAACAAUGAAUGUGAAUAUACUCCGUGUGAUGGUGACGUAGGCUUUUGCGAAAACACUGAUGGGUCUUACAUCUGCAGUUGUCGAUUUGGCUACACGCUCGUAGAUGGAGACAUGUGUCAAGAUAUAAACGAGUGCGACAUAAAUGCACACAAUUGUUCACACGAUUGUAUAAACAAACCUGGAGGCUUCACAUGCAGCUGUCCGGGUGACCUUGUUCUAGAUGACGAUGGAGUGUCAUGUUCUUGUGAGUAA